AAGGGGCAUCCUCUCCUCUCUGCCCGCUCCUACCCCCGGGCAGGAGGGCCCGAGCCAUGGGGAACGAGGCGAGCCUGGAGGGAGAAGGACCGGCGGAGGGCGAGGACGGGCAGGGCGAGCCGCCCGCCAUCCCGGCCGGCCUGGAGGCGGACCUCGGCCGGCUGAGCGAGGACGAGAGGAGGCAGAUCGCCGCCGUCAUGUCCAGGGCCAAGGGGCUGCCCAAAGGAAGCCUGCCCGUCGCCACCCCGCAGGAGCUCCCUCCUCUGCAAAGGAGACCGGAGUUGGAUCUCAGUCACCAUCCUAAGCAACUGGGAAAACCUCCAGAUCCUGGCCCCCCGAGGCAGCCCAGCCUCAGCAAAAGCAGAACCACAGACACGUUUAAAACAGAACAGAAAUCACCUGGCAGGAGCCCCUCAACCAUUAGCCUGAGGGAAUCUAAAUCAAGAACUGAUUUGAAGGAAGAUCAGAAGACAAGCAUGAUGCCCAGUUUCCUCACUGAGAGUAACCCCUUAAGUGCUGUCUCCUCAGUUGUAAAUAAGUUUAAUCCUUUUGAUUUGAUAUCAGACUCUGAAGCAUCACAGGAAGAUGUUGCAAGAAGGCAAAAGGCAGCUCAGAAAGAGCAGGGGAAACCAGAAGGAACUUCAAAGCCCAUGUCCCAGCAAUCUCAGCAACAAUCUCCAAAACCAUCACCUAAAAUGCAAGGGCCUAGUAAAACUGGACCUCAGCUGGCUGACUCGACUAAAUCAGCAGCUCAGCCAGCAGGAAAGAGUCGGCCUCACACUCCGGUGCCAGGGAAGGAAGCUCAAGGACAUGGGCAGGAAGCAGCUCCUCAGAUGGAACAGGCCAAACAACCCCUUCAACAGCGGGGACCACUGAAGUCCCAGCCCCAACAUCCAGACCUCACAAAACCAGGUCCUGCUAAACCUUCUUCACAACCACCAGUCCCAACCAAACCGUCACUUCAUCCAUCGCCAGGUCCUGCGAAGCCCCCGCCACAGCCAUCUCCAGGUCCUGCGAAACCUCCCCCUCAUCCGACGCCGGUCCCUGCUAAGACCCCCGUUCAACCAUCACUGGGUCCCACGAGGUCCCUCCAUCAGCCCUCACCGGGCCCCACCAAGCUCCCACCUCAACCAUCGACGGGCCCUGUGAAGCCGACCCCUCAACCAUCACUAGACCCUGCAAAACCCUCCCCUCAGCCCUCACCAGGCCCCAUGAAGCCCUCCCCUCAGCCAUCGGCAGGGCCCGUGAAGCCCACCCCUCAACAGCUAGUGGACCCCAAGCCCACCCCUCAGCCAUCGCUGGGCCCAGCGAGACCCCCGACUCAGCGGCCUGGAGAUCCCACAAAGCCCCCGCCUCAACCAUCACCGGUUCCAGCAAAGCCCCCGCCUCAGCCGUUGGUGGGGCCCAAGAAACCCUCCUCUCAGCUGUCGGCGGGCCCUACAAAGUCCCCUUCUCAGCCGUCGGUGGGCCCCGCAAAACCCCGUCCUGAACUGCUUACGAAACCCUCAAGCCAACAAGUGGCAUCUGGAAAACCUCUGCCACCGACGACUGCGUCAUCCUCGGCUCCGGGGCCGGUUGCAGAACUGGGCCCCUCAAAGACCUUCUGUCCCCUUUGCACUACUACAGAGCUGCUGCUGCACACUCCUGAAAAGGCCAACUACAAUUGUUGCACUCAGUGUCAAACCACAGUCUGCAGCCUCUGUGGAUUUAACCCCAAUCCACAUAUUACAGAGAUCAAAGAAUGGCUCUGUUUAAACUGCCAGAUGCAAAGAGCAUUAGGAGGGAGUUUAGCUGCUGCCCCACCACCACCUCAGCCGAAACCGAAGACUGCCCCUCCGGCUCCCCUGACUUCAGCAACCAAGCCAGGUCCCCAGCUGCCUUCCCAGAAGAAAGACGGAGCUCCCAUUCCUGAUCAUCCAAAGCCUCCCGAGACUAAGAAGCCCUCACUCCUCACGAAACAGCCUUCCAUCUCUGGCUCUCCCCCAACAAAAGCCAAGCCACGCCACCCAGACUCUGGGACACCAUCCACCCCGCCCACUGGAACCUCUUCGAAAGCGGAGCAAUUCAGGGCUCCGAUGGCUGAUGUCAAACUAAAGCCAUCCAAGCCACAAAAGACCCCAGCCGAUGUGGUGGCUCCCUCCAUAGCCGUGAUAAAGUCGGAUUUGCCUGGCUCCAAAGUUCAACCGCAGGCUCAGGAGAAAAUAGGCCAGGCAGCAAAACCUGAUCCUGCCAAGCCACCACAAAGCAUUCCUCCCCUGUUGGACAAGGAGAUGCUGAGAGAUUCCAAAUCCCGGCCUCCACUGACAUCAGAUUCCAAACCUGUCUCCCAACCCGGUCCUGUCUCUGGAAGCAAAGGUCAAAAACCAGUUGAUCCAGUCUUAAAGAAGGAAGACCCGAAGAAAGCACAAACAAAAAUGAGUCCGAAGCCAGAUGCCAAGCAGGUGCCAAAAGGACCCCCAGCACCCAUAGCUCCUAAGCCUGGUCCUGUACUCCCCGGGCCUGGACCCCAGCAGCCUCCCAAGGCACAAGAGCAGACGAGGCGUUUCAGCCUCAACCUUGGAAGUGUUACUGAUGCCCCAAAACCACAGCCCACAACUCCUCAAGAGACAGUCACCGGGAAACUCUUUGGUUUUGGAGCGUCGAUCUUUAGCCAGGCUUCCAAUUUAAUCUCCACUGCAGGCCAGCCGGGACCUCAAGGACUAAGUGGACCAGGGGCCCCAGAAGCAAAACAGCCUUUCCCUCCCUCACAGACUCCCACAUCCCAAGGGCCACCGAGAGCCACCCCUGUGAAGAAAGAAAUGAAAGCCCUUCCGGGAGCCGAUAGAGUCACCCUGCCCAAGGUUGGACAGGUUUCCAAAGCAAAAGGAAUGGAGCCUGAGAGGAGGUCACCUCCCACCCAGGACAGUAAACCUCAAACUGCUGAGCCCAGACAGAGCUUUGGACCUCCCACAGCAGAGAAACCCACCCAGCCUCAACCCACCUGCCCUUUAUGUAAAACUGGACUAAAUGUAGGUUCGAAGGAUUCCCCGAACUUCAACACCUGUACAGAAUGCAAGAAGGUUGUGUGUAAUCUCUGUGGAUUUAACCCAACACCUCACAUCACUGAGGUUGAAGAAUGGCUCUGCUUAAACUGCCAGACCCAAAGAGCAAUAUCGGGGCAACUUGGCAAGGAGGACAAAAUGCCACUAUCACUACCAUCCAUCCCUGCCCAGCCAGUACCCAAAUCACCUGCUGGUCCUCCAAGUGAGCCUCUUCUGACAGAGCAGCCUUUCCUGAAAAUGCCAGUCCUGCCACCAUAUGCCGUAGAAACAAAGAAAGAACAAGAAGCCCAAAAGGAAGUUUUCAAAGUAGCACAAGAAGAAGUCACCAAAAUACCUUCCCUUGAGAAACUAGGCUCUAAAGAAAACACAGAUCAGAAACCAGAAAAAAGUAAACUGGAAAGAGAUAAGAUGGCAGACUCUGAAGACAAAAAGCCACCUUCACAGGAGGGGCAAAAGCAAGAUAUAAGUCAGCUUAAGGAACAAAUUGUUGAAGAGAAGCCAAAAGACACAGGACCUCCUGAAAAGGAGGAAGUUGAUAGACAACCACAGGUUAAAACUGAGGAUUUACCCUCCGUAAUUCCACAGUCUACAUCCAAAGAUGAAAAAACUCAACAUGAAGAAACCCAGGCUCAAGGAACACCAUUACAGAGAUCUGAUCAAGUUGAAUUAGUCAAAGAGAAAACAGAAAAGGAAGAUGACAAAUCAGAAGCUUCAAGUUCUCAGCAACAGAAAAGCCCUCAGGGGCUGAGUGAUACAGGAUAUUCUUCCGAUGGGAUAUCAAGUUCACUUGGUGAAAUUCCAAGUCUUAUCCCAUGCGAUGAAAAGGAUUUCCUGAAGGGACUGAAAAAAGACUCUUUUUCCCAAGAGAGUAGUCCCUCUAGUCCCUCUGACCUGGCAAAGCUAGAAAGUACCGUGCUCUCCAUCUUGGAAGCUCAAGCAAGUACAUUUGUUAGUGAAAAACCUGAAAAGAAAGCAGACCUCUGUGGUGUGCUCAUUGAGCCAUCCAAAGAACUACAGAAGACAAAGUUAUCACUAGGACCACUGGAAUCCUUCAGUUCAGAUGAAGAAGACCUUCAGGAUGGUCAAGAACCCGGAGGAGCUCAUGUCACAGAGGGCAAGCCGAGCACCCCUCUGAAGAGCCCCAAAGAAAGAACUGAUUCGCAGGAGGAGGUGUCAGAAAAAAAGCAACGAUAUGAUUCUGUGGAAGACAGCAGUGAAAGUGAAAAUUCACCUGUUCCACAGAGGAAAAGAAGAGCUAGUGUUGGUUCAUCAAGCAGUGACGAGUACAAGCAAGAAGACAGUCAAGGAUCAGGGGAUGAUGAAGAUUUUAUUCGAAAACAGAUCAUAGAGAUGAGUGCCGAUGAAGAUGCUUCAGGCUCAGAAGAUGAAGAGUUCAUUAGGAAGCAGCUCAAAGAAAUUGGUGGUAGCCAGAAGAAGGAAGAAGCUAAAGCUAAGAUAAAAGGCACAGCUGGGAAGCACAGGAGAAUGACCAGGAAAAGUAGUGCGAGCUUUGAUGAUGAUGCCGGAAGACGUCAUUCCUGGCAUGAUGAAGAUGAUGAAACUUUCGAUGAAAGCCCUGAACCAAAAUAUAGAGAGACCAAGAGUCAAGAGAGUGAAGAGCUCAGUGUUUCCGGAGGAGGAGGUCUUCGGCGGUUUAAAACGAUUGAGCUCAACAGUACAAUGGCUGUUAAGUAUUCUGAGGAAUUGGUGCAAAAGAAAGCCAUUUUGUAUUUUGAUGAGGAACCAGAACUAGAGAUGGAGAGUCUGACAGAUUCACCCGAAGAUAGGUCAAGGGGAGAAGGCUCUUCCAGCCUUCAUGCCUCCAGUUUCACCCCUGGCACCUCUCCCACCUCCGUGUCAUCCCUAGAUGAGGACAGUGACAGCAGCCCCAGUCAGAAAAAGGGAGAAAGCAAGCAGCAGCGAAAGGCGAGGCACAGGACACAUGGUCCCCUCCUUCCCACUAUCGAAGAUUCUUCUGAAGAAGAGGAGAUGAGAGAGGAAGAAGAACUGUUAAAGGAGCAGGAGAAACAGCGGGAGCUAGAACAGCAACAAAGAAAGAGUUCAAGUAAGAAAUCGAAGAAAGACAAAGAUGAACUCCGGGCUCAGAGAAGACGAGAGAGGCCCAAAACCCCACCAAGUAAUCUUUCCCCGAUUGAGGAUGCUUCUCCCACCGAAGAACUGCGCCAAGCAGCUGAAAUGGAAGAGUUGCACCGAUCCUCUUGUUCAGAAUAUUCGCCCAGCAUAGAAUCAGACCCGGAAGGAUUUGAAAUUAGCCCAGAGAAAAUAAUAGAAGUACAGAAAGUUUAUAAAUUGCCCACAGCUGUGUCUUUAUAUUCUCCCACAGAUGAGCCAUCUUUUACAGUUCUGAAAGAGGAAGGCAGUCAAAAGGCAUUAAAAAGUGCCGAAGAGAUGUAUGAAGAAAUGAUGCAUAAAUCCCAGAAAUCUAAAGCCAUUGAGAAGGAAGACAUUUUUGAAAAAGAACCCCUAUAUGGUGGCAUGUUAAUAGAAGAUUAUAUUUAUGAAUCUUUAGUGGAGGACACCUAUGAUGGAUCUGGAGAAGGUGGUCUGGUAGCAAGGCCGGAAGAGGAAAAUGAAUUUAUUCAGCAAAGGAACAGGGAGAGGAAACUAAGGCUUCCAGAGCAGAUUUAUGAAGAAUCUAUGCAGAAAAUUUCAGACCUACAAAAGGAAUUCUAUGAUCUAGAGACUUUGCAUUCCAUCGUGCCUCAAGAAGACAUUGUGUCUAGCUCUUACAUCAUACCUGAGAGCCACGAAAUCAUCGUUUUAGGUGGUAUGGUACCUUCAACGAGUGAAGAAAAGCGGUUGUUAGAUGCAGAUGCCGCCUAUGAGGAACUUAUGAAACGGCAACAAAUGCAAUUGAGCCUAGAAUCUAGUCCAGUUCAACCAGCUUCAGAGAUGGAGGCAAUCAAAUCUGCCCUGGAUUUAGACAAGAUGCCCGAUACGUCUUUGACAUCGAGUAUCCUUUCGGCAGCAUCACUCACAGACUCCACCAGCAGCACUACGCUCUCUAUACCAGAUGUUAAAAUAACUCAGCACUUUUCAGCAGAAGAAAUAGAGAAUGAAUAUGUAACCGAUUACACCAGAGAAAUUCAAGAGAUCAUUUCCCAUGAAUCUUCAAUUUUGACUUACUCGGAGCAGUCCGAAAGUGCUGCUUCUGCACUACUGUCUGACACACCCUCUCUUACAUCGUCUAUUUCUUCCGUGUCUACUACAGAUAGCUCCUCCCCCAUUGCUGCUCAGGAUACCAUUGUUUCGGUGUAUGCAGAGAGUGUGGACCAAGUUGCCCCAUUGGGGGAUUCUGAAGAGACUCCCUCUUUGUCUCAUUUUCCAGUUCUCGGGAUCAAGGAUUCUGAAAAAGUAGUGUCAAUGGAUGAGUCCGCUCUGCUUCUCGUCAGAACAAGUGGUGAUUCUACCGUGAUUCCUUUGUCUCAAGGGGCCACUGGUGUCACCAUGCCUGUGCCAAUGAAACCUAUGCCAUUUAUUUUGGAUUCUGUUUCCGUUGAUCCAUUGGCAUCUGAAAUAGGUCCAGCAAGGAAACCGAAGGAUGGAAAUGGAAUUUCUCUGGCAGCAUACCAAGAAAAAAGCAGGGAGAAUGGAUCCCGUAUGCCGAGAAUCGGCUUAGCCGAUUCGUUACUUGACCAAACACUUCCUUGUGCAGCACCAGCUGUAGUUAGGGAGCAACUACCCAGUAUCCCCUCUGCAGCUGUACCUCGAUUACCAUCUCUGAUUCCUUUAAUUCCUCCUAUUUCAUCUAAAGUGGCUCCACUUUUGAGAAGUUCUUCUUUAGAUUCACCCAUCCCAUCUCCUCUCCCUCCACCACCUCCACCGCCACCUCCUCCCCUUCCACCGAUUUUACCAAAGCCAGCCAUCUAUCCAAAAAAGAAGCCACCAGCAAUUAUGACCCCAGUGACAAUAACCACCACAGCUGUCUCUUCGGUUGCUAGUAUUGUAACUAUCGAUGCCCCUCCCGUCCUGAAGAAUAACGUCACCCAUGUGACGAAGACAUGCACCCCUUCCCCACCACCUGUUCCUCCAAAACCAUCCUCGAUUCCUUCAGGACUGGUGUUUACUCACAGACCUACUGAGGGAGCUAAACCACCAAUUGCCCCCAAACCAGCAAUUCCUCAACUUCCAGUCACUGCCCAGAGACCGGCAGAAAUGCAUCCCAAGCCGACAGCCUUGCCUUUCACUGCAAGCAUGACACUCAAUUUAGUUUCUUCAGCCGAUUACAAGUUGCCCUCUCCCACCUCCCCGUUGUCUCCACACUCUAACAAGUCUUCGCCCAGGCUGUCCAAGUCAUUGCAAGAGACCUAUGUGGUUAUCACACUGCCAUCCGAACCCGGGACCCCAACUGAUGUUCUCCCUGGUCAGGCCAUUAUCAGUUGGCCUGUUGUGUCACCUGCCAAGGAACUGGCUUCAACAGAACCUGUGUUUUCCAUUGUUCCCUCAGUGACGCCAGUGGACAGCCUCCACUUGAUCGAUCACCAGGUCUAUCCCUCAAGAGAUUUAGAUGGUCUUUCUGCUCUCUCAGUCACAGUACCAUCUGUCUUUCAAGCAGCCCCAAGUUCUGAAAUGCCCUUUGUAACGGCAGACAUUACGAAAACAGUGGUUUCGGGCACUGAUGGCACAACAUCCACCACUGUUUUAGAUAGUGUUUCUAUAACCAUUCCUACAGAGCCCCUGCCUGUAGAGAAACAUAGAUUUGAUGAUGUCAUCGAUCUCCGCACGCUAUCGAAGAUGGACGGGGAAAGAACCGACAGCUGCAUGGAUCUCUCUGCCUCUCCACUGGAUGUGAGAAAGCAGACUACCUCCGGCAAUGCAUACGUUAGACAAGUGAGCGCUAUCCAACCGGCUAUAAUAAAUCUCAGUUCCACAUUGCCAGUGGCCCCACCAUCACCUUUGGUUCCUGAAAGCAUUAAGGCUAAGCCUUGUACAACCAGUCCACAGUACAGUACAAGUACCGAAAGCCUCGUGGGUUUGGUACAGUCGACGUCAACACCUCUCCAGCUAACACCUAAACGUACCGAGCCUGCUUACAGGUUAACUAGCAGUCAGGUAUUCUUUACACCAAAAGAGGAAGUGCCAAUCAAUUUAUCCCUGGGUCCUUCGGCUCACACAGUCACCCGGUCUGCCAUAGAACCCGUCUCUGCUGCUCCCAUGGGUGUCACAAAUGGCUGGGCAGAUGUCUCCCCUCUGGAUGGUGGAGCCGUGGAUCUCAGCACCACAAAAACGCACCGCACGAUGGUUACCAUGGAUGAGUCUACUAGGGGAGUCGUGACCACGGUGAUAGAGGAUGAUGACAAGCCUGUCGAUUUGACUGCAGGGAGAAAAGCUGUCUGCUGUGAUGUGGUGUAUAAGUUACCAUUUGGAAGAAGCUGCACAGCUCAGCAGCCUGCAACGACGCUGCCAGAAGAUCGCUUUGGUUACCGAGAUGACCAUUAUCAAUAUGAUCGAUCCGGAGCAUAUGGUUCUAGAGGAAUUGGGGGCAUGAAGCCCUCCAUGUCUGACACCAAUUUGGCCGAGGCUGGACUUUUUAUGUAUAAAAGUAAGAAUGCCUUUGACUAUGCUGCAGGAAUUGAUGCAGCAGUUGAUCUAACUUCUGGGAGAAUAACCACAGGUGAGGUAAUGGAUUACUCAAACAAGACUACAGGUACUUAUCCAGAGACACGGCAAGUCAUUUCAGGCAUCGGGAUUGGUGCACCCCAGUAUUCCACAGCAAGGAUGACUCCGCCUUUGGGAACCCAAUAUGGCAUGGGGAGUGUGUUAAGAUCAUCCAACGGCGUAGUGUAUUCUUCAGUAGCAACUCCCAUCCCCUCCACAUUUGCCAUCACCACGCAGCCCGGUUCGAUUUUCAGUACAACCGUAAGAGAUUUGUCUGGCGUGCCCGGGAGUGAUGCAGUGACCUCAUUAUCUGCCUUGCGCCAGAGCCAGCCAUUACCUAGAACCUACAGUUUCUUGACAACCGGGGCAUCGGAUAAGGAGGGCACAGUGGGCCCUGUGGCUAUUGACACAAGUUUGCGCGUGCCGGCUCUGGAAAGCCUGACUUCUGUGCCGGGCGAAGUGAUUCCCACUCUGACCUCAGCUUCUGAAGUGUUUCCUGAAGUCCUGGAAGGGGAGAGCGCCCUCAUCAUUGUCCCGGAAGAGGACAAACAGCAGCAACUUGACCUGGAACGGGAGCUCUUGGAGCUUGAGAAAAUCAAGCAGCAGCGGUUCGCAGAGGAGUUGGAGUGGGAGCGACAGGAAAUCCAGAGGUUCAGGGAACAGGAGAAGUUCAUGGUGCAAAAGAAGCUGGAAGAAUUGCAGUCUAUGAAACAGCACCUCCUGUACCAGCAAGAGGAGGAGAGACAGGCUCAGUACAUGAUGAGGCAGGAAACCUUAGCCCAGCAACAACUGCAGCUCGAGCAAAUUCAACAACUUCAGCAGCAACUGCACCAGCAGCUGGAGGAACAGAAGAUCCGCCAGAUCUACCAGUAUAACUUCGAUCCUUCAGGAACAGCUUCGCCGCAAACUGCUGUGGAACAAGCAAUGCUGGAAGGUCAAUACCCUACUGCCGAAGCAGGUCAGUUUUGGACUUCAGAAGGCACCACGACAACGGCCCCAGCCGUGGUGGCCAUCGAGGUGCCGCAGAGUCAGGCCUGGUAUACGGUUCAGUCAGACGGGCUGGCCCAGUACAUCGCUCAGCCUGGCAUCGCGAGUUCUGUUUCUGACGCUCCUAUGAAUGACGUGGGAAAAGACGAUAAACAAGUGAAAAAGUGGAGCAGCAGCCCCAAGUUGCGUGGUCAGUAUGAGGAACAAGAGGAAAAUGUUGGGGAAGACCCCAGGUGCUUCAAAAAGAUAGUGGAUAGCGGAGUCCAAACUGAUGAUGAAGAUGGAGCAGAGCGAAGUUACACCAACAGGCGACGGAGAACUAAAAAGAGUGUCGAUACAAGCGUGCAGACAGAUGACGAGGACCAAGAUGACUGGGACCUGCCCAACAGAUCGCGGAGAAAGUCUCGCGGAGGGAAAUACAGUGAUGGCACCCCUGACGUGGACAAGACUAAGUCACUUUCCAAAGUCUCUAGUAUUGCCGUUCAAACUGUGGCAGAGAUCUCAGUACAGACCGAACCGGUAGGCACCAUAAGAACACCUUCGAUUCGGGCUCGAGUGGAUGCUAAAGUUGAAAUUAUCAAACACAUUUCAGCUCCAGAAAAGACAUACAAAGGUGGAAGCUUGGGGUGUCAAACAGAAGCAGACUCAGAAUCCCUAAGUCCCCAGUAUUUUCGUGUCACAUCUCCACCAAAAGACAAGAAGCGUCCAACACCAUUAGAAAUAGGUUACUCCUCCCACCUUCGGGCAGAAUCCACCACACUACAGGUAGUUCCUUCCCCUCCCAAAUCUCCAAAAGUCCUCUAUUCACCUAUUUCACCACUUUCUCCAGGCAAAGCCUUAGAUUCAGCUUUUGUGCCCUAUGAAAAAGCCAUCACUGAUGACAUUAGUCCACAAAAGAUAUUGCACCCAGAUAUGGCCAAGGUUUCUCCAGUAAGCCCCAAGUCUGCUAAGAUGAUGCAACGUUCUAUGUCCGAUCCCAAACCUCUAAGUCCAACAGCAGAAGACAGCUCCAGAGGUCAUUUUCAAUACACUGAGGGCUACUUGACCAAAGGGUCUCAGACUAUGACACCAUCAGGCACUCAGAAGAAAGUUAAGAGGACUCUGCCUAAUCCACCACCGGAAGAAACUUCACCCGGGACGCAGUCAGCAUACAGCACCAUGGGAUCCACUUCCCGGAGAAGAAUCUGUCGGACCACCACCAUGGCUCGGGCCAAAAUCCUUCAGGAUAUCGACCGUGAAUUAGAUCUGGUGGAGAGAGAGUCUGCGAAGCUGCGCAAGAAACAGGCCGAACUUGAUGAGGAAGAGAAGGAGAUCGAUGCCAAGCUCAGGUACCUGGAAAUGGGAAUCAACAGGAGGAAAGAAGCUUUGCUAAAAGAAAGGGAAAAGCGCGAGCGAGCCUACCUCCAGGGAGUAGCCGAGGAGCGGGACUAUAUGUCAGACAGUGAAGUGAGUAAUACCAGGCCAACCAGAAUAGAAAGUCAACAUGGCUUGGAAAGGCCAAGAACUGCGCCACAAGCUGAAUUUAACCAAUUUAUACCACCGCAAACCCAGCCAGAACCUCAGCUGGCCCCUCCUACCAGCCCGUACACCCAAUACCAGUUCUCAUCUCCUGCCCUCCCUACCCAGGCUCCAACUCAAUUCCCCCAACCCUCCCAUUACCAACAGCAGCCAUUGUACCACCAGCCAGUUUCACCCUAUCAGACCCAAUCGACCUUUCAAACCGUGGCCACCAUGUCUUUCACGCCACAGACUCAGCCCCCUCCGGCCCCACAACCAUCCUACCAACUGCCCUCCCAGAUGAUGGUGAUUCAGCAAAAACCCAGGCAAACUACACUGUACUUGGAACCCAAGAUAACAUCCAACUACGAGGUGAUUCGCAAUCAGCCCCUCAUGAUAGCACCAGUGUCCACGGAUAAUACUUACGCCGUCUCCCACCUGGGCAGUAAGUACAAUAGCCUGGACUUGAGAAUUGGCCUGGAGGAACGAGGUAGCAUGGCGAGCAGCCCCAUCUCAAGCAUAUCUGCCGACUCUUUCUAUGCCGACAUAGAACACCAUACGCCACGGAAUUACGUCCUGAUAGAUGAUAUCGGGGAACUCACAAAGGGAACGGCAGCUCUGAGUACUGCAUUCAGCCUCCACGACAAGGAUCUUACCAAAACAGAUCGCCUCCUUAGAAGCACGGAGGCGCGGAGGACCCAAGAAGUGUCGGACUUCCUAGCACCCCUGCCAACUUCUUCCAGACUCCACACGUACGUGAAGGCUGAAGAAGACCCGAUGGAGGACCCGUACGAGUUGAAGCUGCUCAAACAUCAGAUCAAGCAGGAAUUCCGCAGGGGGGCGGAGAGCUUGGACCACCUCGCCGGCAUCUCGCAGUACUACCACGCAGAUACCAGCUAUAGACAUUUCCCCAAAUCAGAAAAGUAUAGUAUAGGUAGACUGACUCUGGAAAAGCAAGCCGCCAAGCAACUCCCAGCUGCAAUCCUGUACCAGAAGCAGGCCAAGCAUAAGAAAUCGCUAAUAGACCCCAAAAUAUCCAAAUUUUCACCCAUACAAGAGAGUCGAGACCUAGAGCCGGAUUACUCGAGCUAUAUGACUUCCAGCACAUCAUCCAUUGGAAGUCUCUCCUCUAGGGCGAGACUUCUUCAGGAUGACAUCACUUUUGGCCUCAGGAAAAACAUCUCAGAGCAGCAAAAGUUCGGAGCUGGCCUGGGCACCUUAGGGACACCGAUGCGGGCUGCGUUGCAGGAAGAGGCGGACAAACCGUAUACCAGCGGCAGCAGAUCCAGGCCUUCCUCCAGACCCUCCUCCGUUUAUGGGCUUGAUCUUUCACUCAAGAGAGAUCCAUCCAGUUCUUCUUUAAGACUGAAGGCCCAAGAGGCUGAGGCGCUCGAGGUCUCCCUCAGCCACGCAGCACCCUCUGGGCGUGCUAAGCCAACCAGCCUGCCCAUCAGCCAAAGCAGAGGAAGGAUCCCAAUCGUGGCCCAGAACUCUGAAGAAGAAAGCCCUCUGAGUCCCGUCGGGCAGCCAAUGGGGAUGGCCAGGGCAGCCGCCGGCCCACUGCCGCCCAUCUCUGCGGACACCAGGGACCAGUUUGGGUCAAGCCAUUCUCUGCCUGAAGUGCAGCAGCACAUGAGGGAAGAGUCACGGACAAGAGGCUACGAUCGGGAUAUUGCCUUCAUCAUGGACGACUUCCAACAUGCCAUGUCUGACAGCGAAGCCUACCACCUACGUCGUGAAGAAACAGAUUGGUUUGACAAGCCCAGGGAGCCUCGCUUGGAGAACGGACAAGGUCUUGACCGAAAACUGCCAGAGAGACUGGUCCAUUCGAGACCACUCAGUCAACAUCAAGAACAAAUGAAUGGCAAACCAAUACACUACAUCUUUCCUCAUGCAAGGAUAAAAUUACUGAGGGACCCAAAGGAUCACACCAUUUCAGGCAAUGGAUUAGGAAUCAGAAUUGUAGGUGGCAAAGAGAUUCCGGGAAAUAAUGGUGAAAUUGGAGCCUAUAUUGCCAAGAUCCUUCCUGGGAGCAGUGCAGAGCAGACAGGGAAACUCAUGGAAGGAAUGCAGGUGUUGGAAUGGAAUGGAAUUCCCCUAACUUCCAAAACCUACGAAGAAGUCCAGUGCAUCAUUAAUCAGCAAAGCAGGGAAGCAGAAAUAUGUGUAAGACUGGACCUCAACAUGCUGUCAGAUUCAGAGUAUCCCCAGAACCUGGAACUACAUGAAUCCCCUAAGGCCGGACUUCCUUUGAAGUCAAUGAAAGUUUCUCAUAAUGAAGACUUAUGUGAAGGUGCAAAGGGGAACAAAGUGGACAAAGCAAAAUCUCCAGGUGUGGACCCAAAACAGCUUGCAGCUGAACUCCAGAAGGUCUCUCUUCAACAGUCGCCCCUGGUCGUAUCUUCAGUGGUUGAAAAGGGUUCUCAUGGACAUUCAGGCCCUGCGUCGGCAGCAUCCAGUGCCGUCCCCAGUCCUGGCCAACCCGCAUCCCCCUCGGUGAGCAAAAAAAGACACAGCAGCAAGCCUGCUGAUGCAACAAAAUCCACCACUCACCCAAUUACUGGAGAAAUCCAGCUUCAAAUAAACUAUGACAAGCAUCUUGGAAAUCUUAUCAUACAUAUUCUUCAAGCAAGAAACCUUGUGCCCAGAGACAAUAAUGGUUAUUCUGACCCUUUUGUCAAGGUGUAUCUUCUUCCAGGGAGAGGCCAAGUUAUGGUUGUCCAGAAUGCAAGUGCUGAAUACAAAAGAAGGACAAAAUAUGUUCAGAAAAGCUUGAAUCCUGAAUGGAAUCAAACAGUAAUUUAUAAAAACAUCUCAAUGGAGCAGCUCAAGAAGAAAACUCUGGAAGUGACCGUCUGGGAUUAUGAUAGAUUCUCCUCCAAUGAUUUUCUUGGAGAGGUGUUGAUAGAACUGUCUAGUACUUCUCAUCUUGACAACAGCCCUCGAUGGUACACUCUGAAAGAGCAGACUGAAAGUAUUGACCAUGGAAAAGCUCAUUCUAGUCAAAGCAGUCAGCAAUCACCAAAGCCAUCUGUCAUCAAGAGCAGAAGCCAUGGAAUCUUUCCUGAUCCAUCCAAGGACAUGCAGGUACCCACCAUUGAGAAGUCCCACAGUAGUCCUGGCAGCUCCAAAUCCUCCUCGGAAGGCCAUCUCCGCUCUCAUGGACCGUCACGUAGUCAAAGCAAGACCAGCGUCACUCAGACCCACCUUGAAGACGCUGGGGCAGCCAUCGCAGCCGCUGAAGCAGCGGUGCAACAACUCCGCCUGCAACCAACCAGGCCCACCAAUCACCGGCCUGCUGAGAGCUCCAUUUCCACCGGCUCAUCAGUCAGCAGCUUUGGCAGUGGAUAUAGUGUGGACAGUGAAGGAAGCAGCAGCACCGUGGGAGACACUAAUCUCUUUCCAAUCCCAAGAAUAGGAAAGAUGAGCCAAAAUGGACAAGAGCCCGGGAAGCAGCCCGGAAUGGGACUAACCGAUGUGGAAGGCAAAACCCAGGUAAUGGGAGAAAUUAAGAUUGCUUUGAAGAAGGAAAUGAAGACAGAUGGAGAACAAUUAAUAGUUGAGAUACUCCAAUGCAGAAAUAUCACCUACAAAUUUAAAUCUCCUGAUCAUUUACCAGACUUGUAUGUGAAACUUUAUGUGAUCAACAUCUCAUCCCAGAAAAGAGUGAUUAAAAAGAAGACGCGGGUGUGUCGCCAUGACCGAGAGCCUUCCUUCAAUGAAACAUUUAGGUUUAGUUUGAGUCCCGCCGGUCAUUCUCUUCAGAUUUUGCUUGUCUCCAAUGGAGGAAAGUUUAUGAAAAAGACUCUGAUUGGUGAAGCUUAUAUCUGGCUCGAUAAAAUAGAUUUGAGGAAAAGAAUUGUGAACUGGCACAAACUCUUGGCCAGUCCUACUCAAACACAUUGAAGGCAUGUGCCUGUUUAGGCAAGGAAACUUACCAAGUCUGCUAUAAAUAGCACCCUAUCAAAACUUUAGUUUGGUACUGUUGUGUUUAACUAGAAAAUAAAAUAGGAAAAGGGUACAAUGGGGCAACACAGAAUACUUUCACAGCCUUAUCAACUUGCUGCUGCUGAAAAAUGCUCAAAGACCAGGCCUCAAACAUAAAGUUUGGGUGUUUUUGAGAUAAAGGUGUUCUAUGAAGUUGGAUUUUUUAUGGACCACUAAGAAAAUAACUGUGAAGGUAAUAGUGAAUACUUAAGGUAGGAGUAAUUGUACAAGUUUGGCUGCUACUUUCAGGAAAGGUUCAGAGAAAAAUGGGAUUUUCAGUGAUACACAAAGAAGAUAUUUAUGCAAAAGCACUUGAGUAAAAGCGAAGACUGACUUUCCAAAUAUUUCUAAAGUGUAAAAAAAUGUUCUUCUAUACCUUAAACUCUCCAAUCAUUUACUGGUGAGAUGAUACUGCAGGAUUCACAUUACAGAAACCCUGCUGAAGUGGAAGCACAAAAGAAAAAGAAGAAAAGGAAAGUUGUUUUAGAGAUUGGGCUCCCAGGGAUUCCAUUUUGUUUCCACAUGUAACAGUGAGGCUAAAAAGCGUGGUACUUCAAUAUGAAAAAAUGAAAGCACAUUAAUGAAAUUCUUCCCAGUGUAGGUCGAAAUAGUUUGUUCUGCAGCUAGGUCAGGGUAGAAAUUCAAUAGAAUGAGAUAAAAAUAAAUGGCAUUUAUCUUUCAAAGAAAGCUACAGAUUUUCAGACUAGGAUUGCCUCAAAAGCUUUAGGAUUUACACUACAUCAUAAAAUAUUUUUUUAAUGUCUUCAUCCAACCAUAUAGGAAAGUGACCUAUAGGUACUAGAAACCCUACAUUUAAUGUGGUGUAUUCUAGGAAGAUUGACAGUAUCUUUGUGGAAUCCCAGACCAAUAACACUUGACACUACUUCCUCUAAAACAACAACAAAAAAAAUUAUCUUGCCUAUGUAAUUUAUAUUCGUGAAUGUAUUUCAAGAGUUAUCAAAAUUCCCCUUCUGGUAAAUGAUUGUGGAUUUUCUCUUCAAAAGAAUUAGACUGUAUCUGUGUUUUUAAAAUAGAAUUGUUUCCAGGCUAUAGACACUGUAUUUGGUGGGAAAUCUUUUCUAGUAAAGUCUAGCCAAUCUCUAACCUUUUUCAUUAAUGGAUGAAAAAUAAAUCACUCUGAUCAUGUUUAAACUCAAUCAAAAUAAAAAUGGGAAUCAAUUUAAUUUUAUACUUUGAAGAUGCAAAAUAUCAUUCAUGUAAAGGUGCUUGGGUUGAUUAUUACUCUUGCUACAGGAUCAUUAAUUUUUAAUAUUUACAAAGUACAGAUAGAUCAAGGACUGAGACGCUCUGAAAGAGCCACUUAAUUCAUCCUACAGAAAAUUGUUAAAGUAAUCUUUCCUCCUAGUUUCACUCAACAGAUCAUAACCUAUGUCCCAUAACCAGGCUGAUAUAUAUGAGGUAAAAUGAAUUCACAUCUCUUUCUAACAAAGGUAAUUAUUAUCACAUAAGAAGACAAAGCUAAGAUUGUUUCAAGUGAGUUUUUUUCCAUUCCUUUUUUUGGUUUCUUUUACCCAUUUGAAGAGUGGGAAAUGGAAAAUAUGAUCAAAUUGUAAGGGGAUCCACAGUUAAAGCAAUCCAGACUUCAUUCACAAUAUUUAGCUUUUUACCUCACUCAUAAUUUGUCCCCUCCAACUAAUGAAUUUAAGGGCUAAGCACACAAUUCAUCACAACCGUGGAACCUGAAAGAUAACAGGUCCAUUUGAGUGGGGUAUGAGUCACAGGGAAUACUGAAACUUUGAAUUCGUGUGUUUUUCAUCGAAACCGAAGUACCCUAUAAAUUUAGCCAUUGGAAACCAAAGGUCCUAAGCAAAUAUAUAGCACCCAAGAUCAAUUGCCUAGACAUAUUAUUUAUAAAGAACACAUCAUAUUAUUUAUUGAAAUAAAAUAACAUUUACUCCCACCUUCUUCCCCUAAUGAAACUCUUAGUAUCCACUGGUUGUUGUUUUUUCCAUAUUGCCCUAGGGGAAAAAAAAAAAGUAACUUCCAAAGCCAUUUGUAAAAUAGGACUUAGUGAAAAAUCACCUGAAAUUUUGAUAUUGUUAAGAAUUUAUUUCUAAAAAGCAAGGCAUGCUGGCUGUUUCCAUGGAAAUCUUCAGCAGAUACUAACUCUUCCCAGAUCAUUUAUGAGGAAACUUGUGUCAUCCUUAUUUGCAAAAGUCCAUUUGUCAACCUUCCUUCUGAUAUGAAAUACCUCUGCUACUUUCCCUUAGAGCACUCAGUCUUAGGACAAAGUUGAAGCUAUUCGUCAUUAUACUCUGGCCCCAUUUUUUUUUUUAAAUUAAUUCCCAGGAGUGAUUAAACUUCUCACUUGAGGUGCAGUCUCCUGAAUGAGAUCAGAUGAUCACCAGAGAAUUGCCCUCCCACCUACUCUGCCCAACAGUUAAAAAAAUAUAUAACUGUGGCUGAGACAUCAACACUAUGGAGCUAAACAGUGCAUAGCUUUAGUACAUGGCCUCUUGUAUGUCGACAUCAAUUCAGAGGUAUUAAAAUGGUCUGCCAAGUCUAUGUUUGACCAAACGUGUAGGGUGUACUGAAAUUUUUCUAUGCAACAUGGAUUCACAUUUGAGUGCAUUUCUUUUAAAUGAUGCUAACAGCCCUUUUUAAACAACACAAUUUCACUUUCAAUCAAAAAUAAGAUUCAGCAUUUUUACAUAUAUUUUUCAGAAUAUGUCUGUCUAUGCUUUUUGGCAUCUGUUCUUUAUCUUGGGGCCUGAUUACAGGGAAAUGUCAACAGAACUUGUGAUUUCUGAAUUAUUUUAUAUUAGAUUAAUACAUUCCAUCACUUCUUUCUGAAUGUGUAUGUUAUACAUGUGCAAUAGCAAAGGAAUUUUUCUUUUUUCCCCACAAGCCCAUUGAGUUAACAGAGAUUGAAGUUGCCCCUUGGUUCAAGGCCUUGUGCAGUGGAAAUAAGCUGAAAUAAGUAGCAGUAAAAGCACAGUGUGAGUGUUUACACAUGACUGGGAUAUAUAACAUAGUUAAUCUUACUCAUGUAGACAGCAGCAAGAAGUUGUUUUAUCCUGGUUCUGCAAUAGAGUCAGGAGUUUCUAUGGUGAAUGUGAACUAGUUAUUUACAAUUACAGUUUAAAGGGAUAGUAUCCAAGGCAGAAUGAAGGGAUGAAAUCUGCUUCUUUAAUAUUACCCACAUUUUUUUACAUUAAAUUAAUCUCAUUAAAUAAAGCCAUUCACAAUAUCAACUGUUAAUUUUGUGAAUUUACAUAUAUUUAAAAAAUGUCAUCUUGUGGGGAGUACUGUAGCUGGUAACCAGCUGAUAUUGAUACUUAUACAGGGAUGUUGAUGGUGUGAUAAUGAAAUAAAUAAGCACCUAUUAUUAAAAAGCUAUUGUGCCCAAUUUAAUAGAAAUUAUUUGACCGUUGUUUAGUAUCAUGAAGAUAUCAUAAAGAUGUUUAUAGUAUUUUUUUACUUUAUUUAAAUCAUAAUUGACAAUAUUUUUAAGUACUUAUUUUCAUUGCUAUAGUGUCUAAUAUCCCAAAUUCUGCCAACUAUAUCUAUCUAUAUCUGUAUAUACAUAUGUGUAUAGCAGAAUGAAUUGCAUCUGUGUUAAACAUAAAACUGAAAUGGAAAUGUGAGAAAGCUCAAUGAAAGUAUCCAGCUAAUAAGGCUGUUUAUUUCAAACGACUAGAUGUCUUUAAUGGCUGAUUUGAACAAAUGCAUAAAAUGGAUACUCUCUCUUUAAAUUAUAAGAUGCAUUUUGAUGUUUUAUGUAUGUUCUGUUUCAUUCUUUAAAAUAAACGAGUUACUGGGGAUUCAAAAGAAGAUCAAUUUAAAAAAAUCCUUAACUAAUAGUAGUGAUUUGAGAAAGCAGUUUCUUAAUUUGUUACCCUGUAAAUAAGUAUACAUUUUAUAAGACAGACAAGUUUGAAUUAUUAAUUCCAUCUAACAUUCCGCAUGUGAAUGUGAAUAUCAUUUUUGACUGUAUCUGUAUAUCUGUUCAGUGCCGUGCUCAGGUGUUCUACAAUGACCAAGUCAUGAGUGUGCUGUCAUCCUAUCUAAAAAGUGUACAGCAUACAUGAUGUUCAAAAAGAUUUCCCUUACCCAUACAAAAAAAUUAAUGAAAAAAAAAGUAGUCCUUGGAGAAAAUGUCAUGUUUCCAAAUUGAAUGUCGCAUGCAGUGAUGGUAGUUUGUUAAUAUCUUUUUUGUAUUAUGAUUUUUAUUUUGCCUCCAAAUUAUCUCUGGAAGACAAAUUUAAGAAUUUGUUCUAAAAAUUGUAUAAAUUGAAAUGAAAAUACAUGAGAAUUGUAAAAAGAAAAUGCUUGUAAAUCUGUCUCAGUUUUCAUUCUAUGUAAAAAUCCGUCAUGGUUUUGUGAUUGUAUACAAGAUGUAUCUUGAAACUUAUGCAAAUUGUGCUGUAAAAAGGCUGUUUACCCCAGUCUAACUAAUAAAUAUUGAAAAUCCAA